AUUUCAUGUUUCAUCUUGACAACCAGGUUCUAGUACGUGUGAUGGGCUGACGAUCAGUCACUCAGCCUCUUGACAGCAUUCGAGUUACGUACGCGAGUGCGUUACCUGAGAGGCGCUCAGACUAAACCCCUAAAUUUACCGGGAAGUCAUUCAUUCUUAGCUCACAUGAGGACAUAUACAAGUUCUCUCCUCCAUUGAAAACUACUACAGUAAAUCUGGGUGAUAGCUCCCAGAACGUAGUCUUUUGUAACUGCAGCGUCUAUAAUUACGCUUUAUACCUCUCUGAUCUAAAGCUAGCCAGAGGGACUAACUUUUGUUCGCGCCUGCCUUGCCUCUACGCGCACACAAUACAAUAUCCACGCUUCAGCUAAAUUAUUUUUACUUAUACCCGUUUCUAUCACUACCUUGAAUUUGAGAAAGCCGACAGCUGCCACGUCAUCAGCAAUGCCAUUGCUUGAUCUGCCAAAUGAGUUGCUCCGAGAUAUCUCAGAACACCUAGGAUCUGAAAGACAUAUCAACGCUUUUGCACAAGCCAGCCGCCGCCUUUACGGUCUCCUAGAUACCUACCUCUACCGCUACAAUGUACAACAUUCUAAAAGCUCAGCGCUAUCGUGGGCUGCCCGGCAUGGCCAUGAGGCGACGGCGCAAAAGUCACUAAGGGCAAAAGCCAGUAAACAUGCCCCUGAUCACGAUGAUAGCGGCGAAGGACUGCUGUUGUUGGCCGCAGAGAAUGGACAUAAGCAGGUGGUAAAGCUGCUGCUUGACAUGGGCGCCGACAUCAACGCACAGGGUGGAUUCUAUGGGAAUGCACUCCAGGCAGCGUUGUCUAGAGGCCACAAAGAUAUAAUACAGAUCCUACUUGACAGGGGCGCUGAUAUACAUGCCCAGGGUGGACGAUAUGGCAACGCAUUACAAUUAGCGUCACAAGGGGGCUAUGAGGCAGUGGUGAAGCUGCUACUUGACAAGGGCGCUAAAGUUAACGCAUGGGGUGGACACUUUGGUACUGCACUUCAGGCUGCUUGCUCUGGAGGCCACGAAGCAGUGAUAAAGACUCUGCUUGACAAAGGUGCCAAUGUUAACGCACAGGGUGGCUGCUACGGUGAUGCACUUCAGGAAGCUUCACAGGGAGGCUACAAAUCUGUGGUGCAGCUGCUACUCGAUAGAGGGGCUGAUAUCAACACGCAGCGCGGACACUACGGUAACGCACUCCAGGCGGCUUCAGAUAGAGGUCACAAGGCAGUAGUGCAGCUGCUGCUCGACAGAGGUGCUGACGUUAACGCUCAAGGUGGCUGCUAUGGGAACGCACUUCAAGCAGCUUCGUUAAGAGGGCAUAAGGCAAUAGUGCAGCUGCUACUUGAUAGGGGUGCUAAUAUCAAUACGCAGCGCGGAUAUUAUGGCACCGCACUUCAAGCAGCUUCAGAUGGAGGUCAUAAGCUUGUAGUGCAGUUGCUGCUUGACAGGGGUGCUGAAAUUAACGCGCAGGGUGGUUGGUACGGCAACGCACUUCAGGCAGCUUUAGAUAGAGGGCAUACGGAGGUAGUGAAGCUGUUGGUAGCAGGGGGUGCGAAGCCUUUGUAAAGGUAACGCAUACUUAGCUAACGGGUUGU